GUAUAAGAGAGGGUUUACCAGAUCCCUAUCGGAUCCUCUGUUCUUUCCUCUCUUUGCAAUUCUGAACUCAAUUUACUUUGCUUUCUCCAUAGCCACCAACACACUCCAAAAUAAAGAAGAAUGGCUGGUGGCGGAAAGGUGUCCUUUAAAGUCACUCUUACCUCCGAUCCUAAGCUCCCCUUCAAAGUUUUUAGCGUUCCGGAAGCAGCCCCUUUCACCGCCGUUCUUAAAUUUGCCGCCGAAGAAUUCAAGGUGCCCCCCCAAACCAGUGCUAUUAUCACCAAUGAUGGAGUUGGAAUCAAUCCUCAGCAAAGUGCAGGGAAUGUCUUUCUCAAACAUGGUUCUGAACUACGCCUGAUUCCUCGUGAUAGAGUUGGAGCUUCGGGGACAUUUAAGGCUGCACAUUUAUCAGAGUGAACACGAACAAGCGUUCUAUUUUCUCUACUUACUUUUAGUCAAUCUUUAAAAUAGUUCUACCUGAGUACGAAGUUUGGAGGAUUUUCAACUUAGUUUAAUUUAUGUUGUAUGCUCACUGAAUAUUUAUAUGCUAAAUUCAUUAGUCAUCGAUGGAAGAAUUUAUGAAUAAAAAGUUCAAAAAUAAUAAUAUUAUUAUAAUAAAUAGUUAUUUCAUUGUUCGUAA